GAGAAGAAGGACAAAGAGUGGCGACGCAUCGUGAAGACGAUGGCUUUGCUGGAGGUCAUCCUCAAGCACGGCAGUGAACGGGCAAUCCAGGAUGUACGGAGAGACCAGUGGAGAAUUCAGCAGUGGAAGGAGUUCCGCUUCAUGGAGGAGGGCAAAGAUGUUGGGGCCGGCAUCCGAUCGAAGGCUGCUGCCAUCUUGGAGAUGCUGACAGAUGAGGAGUACCUGCAGGAGGAAAAGGAGAAGGCACAGAAGCUCUCGCAGAAGAUGACGUCCGUGGGCGCACCCGGGAGCGUUGACAACAAGCAGGCCGGCAGUUCCAGCGCCUUCAAGUCACCUUUCGACCGGGCGCCGCGGCCGUGGCGGCGGAAACAGCCAGAGGAGAGUCCACACUCCAGCCCGAGCUCCCCCGUCGCUGGACGACUGCCUCAAUCCGAGGCCGACGUCGCGGCGAUGGUACAGCUCUUCAUGAACAUGACCAACGAGAGCAGGUUGACUGCGCAGGAUUGGCUAGAGAGGCACAGCUGGAAUGUCGAGGAGGCUGUGUUCAAGUACAUGAAUCAACGAGGAGGGCCCCGCCCGGGAGACGACAGGCCCGGCAUGAUGGAGCGGAAAUCACGCGCCGAGCAGUUCAUGACCAUAGCGAAGGUCACAGAGAAGGAGGCCGAGGAAUAUCUGGAGCGGUGUGCCUGGAACGUGGAGGAAGCCCUGGACAAGUUCCUGGCCGAGGGAGCCAAAAGUGCUCCUCCAGCCUCCAAGCCCAGCAGCAAGCCGGCAGCAAAGCCUCGCGCUCCUUCAACCUCGAGCUCCUCCGGCUCUGAGUCCUACUCUGACGAGUCCGAGGAGGAGCCGAGCAAGCCUUCCGCACCAGGAGGCUGGCCACAGGCUGGCGGCGACGCCGGAGGCUGGCCGAGCAACGCCUCCGGAGGAGGUGGUUGGCCCUCCAGCAACGGCCAAAAGGGCGGUGACUGGCCGGAUAACUCAGGAGGCUGGCCCCAGAGCAACGGCCAAAAGGGCGGCGGAGGUGGCUGGCCUGGAGGAGACAAGGGCGGCGGUGGCAAGGGCCCAGGAGGCCCCUGGGACGCCCCGGCCUGGGCCCGAUCUCUUCUCUAG